GUCACUAGAAAGUACUCUGUUAUUGUUUUAUGUGUGAACAAUUGGAAAACAAGCUGAUAACAGACCGGAACAAUGUAAACUUUAUGCUUCUAUGGAGGGGGAAAUGUUUACGGGUGGGAUGAAGGCUGAAGAAGGGAGACAGCAAAGAAAAGUGAGGUUUCGAGUAGCAUCUUCUCAUAGUGGACGAAUAUUGAGGGAGGUUUACGCAGAUGGAGAGCCAAGUGACUCUUUGGAUUCAGAAUGUACCAGCAGCACAGAAACGGAUCAGUACAGUGGGCAAAGUGAAAGUAGUGGAUACCAGAAUGGGUAUUUAGAGUCUGAAUAUGAUGACAGUGAAAAUGAGCGUGAUGAUUUGCUCAUCUUUGCAGGAGUUUCUAAAGACAAAGGAUUUAGUCUGAAGAGAAUUAACAUCUUGAGCAAAAAUGGUACAGUCCGAGGAGUGAAGAACAAAGUCAGUGCUGGCCAAGCUUUGUUUAACAGCAUAGCGAAAACUUCUCAGCCAUACCCAUUUUUAGAAUGUGGACGAAUAGUGAUCUACACUACCAGCCUUCGUGUUGUCAGGACAACAUUUGAAAGGUGUGAACUAGUAAGAAAGAUCUUCCAAAACCAUAGAGUAAAAUUUGAAGAAAAGAACGUUGCCAUGAAUAUUGACUUUGGCAAGGAGCUGGAGGACCGGUGCCGUAGUGUGUCAGAAUCUCCUUCCUUACCUGUGGUGUUCAUUGAUGGCUAUUACCUUGGGGGUGCAGAAACAAUAUUGGCCAUGAAUGAAUCAGGAGAGCUACAGGAUCUCUUGACAAAAAUCGAGAGAGUGCAGCAGCCACAUGCGUGCCCCUUGUGCGGGGGAUUCGGCUUUAUUCCGUGCUCAGUGUGCCAUGGAAGUAAGAUGUCAGUGUUUCGAAAUUGCUUCACAGAUUCCUUCAAAGCCUUGAAGUGCACUACCUGCAAUGAGAAUGGACUGCAGAGGUGCAAAAACUGUGCAAGCUAAGGACCGCCACAACUUCCUCACUGUUCGCCUUUGUUACAAGCAAUCAUUUAGUACACAGUUCAUAUUUUUCCAUUGUUUUUGAUUGUGUGAACC